AUGACAAUAUCAUCACCGAGUACACCGUACCUUUGGAAGUUCUCACCAGGGUACACUUGUUCUGCACACCACCACACCAAAAGAUGUUACCAAUGGCAAAUAUCCGCCUUUUGCCUCCAGACUCGACAGUCUGACCUAAUCGGCCUGCGAGUGGUGGGCACUGGGUUUCUUCAGGAUCAGACCGGGGGUGGGUUGGUUAUAUACUGCGCCUUCCUUCUUCGAACCUUUUGGUAUGUAUUGCCCCCUAACUAUAGAUCAGAUCCACCGGACGAGAAAGUAAAUUCCGCACUGCUGCUGAGUCGUCGGACUUAUCCACCUAGGGAUUCGUGGAAUUUCCCGCCCUUUUUUUUUGCGGGUACUAAGAGUCCUCUCACUACCAACCAGCAGACAUCAUCAUCUGGCUGGGUCUUGCCGGGGAGAUCAGAACAACGGGGAAGGCCUAGACGACGACGCCCGUCCUGGGCUGCAGUAAGUAGAUCGAGAGGUCGUUCCGCCCCUUGUCCCCGAAGAUGGGUAAUAUGUUCUCAUACAAUGUUGCUCCAACUUUCUUCUGAGGGCCUAGCUGGCGAGCGAUCCCAGUCCGCGGCAGAGAACAAGACAGCAAGCGAGCGUACCUUUGUUCGCUUCUUUUCCACCAAGCACAGAAGUUUAAGGAUAACUGUUGGUCGGUGGCUACCUAAGGAAACUCCGAUUCGAUCCGCCCCCCGGCUGGGAGGCAUCCACCUCAUCCCGAUCACAAGGAGAGGUUCACCAUGA